AUGAUAUUUUUCGUAAUAAUUUCUUACACCUUGCUGCCAAGUUGUCCCCUCCUUCUCGGCUUGAUCAUAUCUCUGGUGCUGCUCUGCAAAUGCAAAGGGAGCUUCAAUGGUUUGAGGAGUUGAGGAAGAUUCUACCCCCAAAGUUCGAGGAAGAAUUGAAUGAAAGCAGUAGGACUCCAGCGUCAUUAUUUUCUCACGAGCACAAGGAGCUGAUGAAAGACGGGGAGAGAUGGAUGAAGAACAACGCCGCGUCAUGCAUGGUGGUAGCCACUCUCAUCGCUGCCGUCAUGUUCACGUCGGCUUUCACCGUUCCAGGCGGAAACGACGAGAAAACAGGCUCCCCGAUCUUCCUAAAAUCCAAUGCCUUUCUGGUGUUCAUCAUUGCCAACUCCGUCUCCCUGUUCGCUUCAUCCACAUCCGUGCUGGUUUUCUUGGGAAUUUUAACGUCCCACUAUGCGGAGAAAGACUUCCUUCAAUCAUUGCCUGCUAAAUCCAUACUUGGCCUUUUCACCCUCUUCUUUUCCAUUGUGACCAUGAUGAUUGCGUUUGGCUCCGCCAUUUUCAUCACCCUCCAAGCACGAUUAGCUUGGGUCUCAAUCCCGGUCAUCGUUCUUUCAACCGUUCCCAUCGCUUUCUUUACAUUGUUACAGUUCCCUCUCUUGAUCGAAAUGCUGGUUUCGACUUAUUGUUGUCGUAUCUUCCAUGAGCCCAAUGCCCCCAAACUUGAAUAA